AUGCUCGUAGAUGCCCACAAGAGACGUUGCACAAUGAGCAUUCAGGCCCCCUCGUCCACCUCUCGUCAGGCAUGCCAAGCAGCCGUCGAGAAGGGCGCGUCCAGGGCGGCGCACGCACUAUCUCAUGCCGCGGCCAAGUUUACACAUCACCCGGUCACCAAAAAACCUCGUUCGGGUGUCCUCGGCAUCGUCCUGACCACCCCAGAGGGCAACAUCCUUGUAGGCGACGCCAUCCCCGAGGGGACACGGUGCCACAUGUCACUCGAGCACCGCGCCCUCCAGAAGCAGUGGCUCGACACCAUUGAAAAUAACCUCGUGCCGGGCAACUGGAGGCAGCUCCGCGAUCUGAACCGCCCGCAGGCGCCCAGGGUCGACUAUGAGAAGCAAUGGGACCCCCGCGAGAGACAAUCCCCCGCCGAGGAGAAGAAGCGGAAGCACCACACCUUGAAAUGGCUACGCAGCAUCGGUGAAGACAGAUGCCAGCAGCACCAGCGCCAUAGAGAAGCCGCAGAGCGCGCGUGGCAACUGCAGAAGAUGGAGGUCGAGUGCCAGAGGCAGCAGCGCCAGAUCGAUGCCGAAGAGAGGCGGCGCCAGGCGCAGCAACGGCAGGCGCAGAUGUCCAUUGCCGAGUUGCAGAAGUGGAUUGCGGACGUGGGACGUCAGCAAGAUGAGGCCGAGAGAAAGCUCCACGAUCUCAAGGCCGAGCUGGGGCGGAGACGGAGAUGGAUUUCGAAGCCGACAGCGAGGAUGAGCAGUGAGCGCUGGGUGCUUACCAUAAGACUCGACUCCUCUCGCUCGCCAGUGGUCUGGCGCUGGAUCGCUUGA